GAGAGAGAGAGAGUGACGGCAAUAAAAUGUUUAUAAAGACGCAACGAAAAUGUUUAUAAAGACGCAAAAAAUUCAUCUCCACAACUACAAGCAGAAGCAUAAGCAGCGCCAGCGGAGGUCGCAAUACAGAUAGAAGCCUGAACGGACCACUUUGCUUUCACAGAAAAUGGGCAGUGAAGGAAGAGAGAGGAAACUCAGGUUGUUAUGCCUUCAUGGUUUCCGAACCAGCGCCGAUAUCAUCAAGAAACAACUCACCGGGAAAUGGCAUCAAUCCGUUCUGCAUAAAUUGGAUCUUGUCUUUGUCGAUGCUCCUUUUCCAUCUCAGGGAAAAUCUGAUGUUGAGGGAAUUUUUGAUCCUCCCUAUUACGAAUGGUUCCAGUUCAACAAGGAAUUCACUGAAUAUCUGAAUUUUGACGAGUGUCUUGAUUAUAUACAAGAUUGCAUGAUAAAGCACGGUCCUUUUGAUGGGCUUCUUGGUUUCUCACAGGGAGCAAUUUUAGCAGCUGGAUUGGCCGGAUUACAAGCAAAGGGUUUGGCUCUUACAAAGGUGCCCAAGAUAAAGGUUGUGGUGAUAAUUGGGGGAGCAAAAUUCAGAAAUCCAUCUGUUGCAGAGAACGCAUAUUCUUCACCAAUUCAGUGUCCAUCAGUUCACUUCUUAGGGGACGAAGAUUUCUUGAAGCCAUAUGGCACCGAACUCCUGGAGUCAUUUAUAGACCCCCUCGUUAUUCGUCAUCCUAAAGGACACACGAUACCGCGAUUUGAUGAGAAAGGCUUGGAUAGCAUGCUAAGCUUUCUUGAAAGGAUCCAAAAGGAUGUCAAAGAGGAGAAACAAGAAAUUGGUUUGAACAACACCCCUUAGUGAUAAUGUCCUUCGGAAUUUUUAGUCUCAAAGACAAUAACUAAGGUUGUAUACCUAAUCAUUCAGUAUUCAGAUUCUUGUGGCAGUUAAGGUUUUGAUUGCAAA